AUAAACCCCCAGACUCUGGCGCCGAAAACACGCCGUUCUGACAGUUUUUGACUUUAGUUUUUGGCUUUACUAGCAAAACAAAAGCAUGUCAGAGACUGCUCCAGCUGCUCCUGCUGCUCCCGCACCUGCGGAAAAGACACCUGUAAAGAAAAAGGCAAAGAAAACGGGCGCAGCUGCCGGAAAACGCAAGGCGUCCGGGCCACCGGUAUCCGAGCUCAUCACUAAAGCAGUGGCUGCCUCCAAGGAGCGCAGCGGCGUGUCGCUGGCCGCGCUGAAGAAAGCGCUGGCGGCCGCAGGCUAUGAUGUGGAGAAGAACAACAGCCGCAUCAAGCUGGGUCUUAAGAGCCUAGUGAGCAAGGGCACCCUGGUGCAGACCAAAGGCACCGGCGCCUCGGGCUCCUUCAAACUCAACAAGAAGGCGGCCCCCGGGGAAGUCAAGCCCAAGGCCAAGAAAGCCGGGGCAGCCAAGCCCAAGAAGACUUCGGGAACUGCCAAGAAGCCAAAGAAGGCGACGGGAGCGGCCACCCCAAAGAAGAGUGCCAAAAAGACCCCGAAGAAGGCAAAGAAGCCGGCAGCAGCUGCUAAGGCAAAGAAGGUGGCCAAGAGCCCGAAGAAGGUGAAAGCCAAACCCAAGAAGGCGGUCAAGAGCCCAGCUAAGGCUAAGGCCCCUAAGCCUAAAGCAGCCAAGCCGAAAUCUGCCAAACCGAAGGCUACAAAGGCAAAGAAGGCGGCUCCCAAGAAGAAGUAAAGUGUGGAGGGUCCUCCUGCUUCAAACCUCAAAGGCUCUUUUCAGAGCCACCCAUAAAUCUCAAUCAAAAGAGCUGAGCGAUUGUAAGUCUACAAUUGUGCGAUGUCAGCGUAUUUGACAAUAGAAAUUUUUAAAUUCCCGCCCUGGUGUGAUUGGCCCGUCUGGCUAUCCGCCACUGCCCCCUACUGCGCAGAACAAACACGGCUUGUUAAUUCGGCUGGGUCUUGUUGGCGUGGCGGGGCCCGGGUGGAGGGUAAUACUUUGGUUUUGAACCCCCACUUUCCCU